UGUCCACUUCCUGCGCAACAUGGCGGUCAGACUCGCAGCUGCAGUGCUCAUUGUUGUGACCGUAGUGCUCCCUGGGGUCCUCUGCAGGAAGAUACCGAGCUAUGUAAAGCUGUGCAAGAAGAGCGAUCCUGACUUCGAUGCUUGCGUAAUCAGCUCCGUGGAGGCUCUGAGACCAAGGCUCAACAAAGGGAUCCCCAAGAUGAACGUGCCACCCGCGGACCCGUUCGUGCUGCCGGCCCUAGAAGUGAACAGAGACCGUGACGCCAUCAAGCUGCGCGCGCACCUGCAGAACAUUGUUGCCCAUGGAGGCACUGGCUUCGUCAUCAACAGACUAAAGACCGACCUGGACAAGCUGGCGGUCGAACUGAGCAUCACACUUCCCCACAUCAGAGCCACCGCUGAGUACGACGUGGACUGCCGCAUCCUGCUGGGAAAUUUCAAAGGGCAGGGCGUCUUCAUGGGAAAUUUCACGGACGUGAAGGUCGACGUGAAGGGUGACGGCAAGGUCGUGAAGAGGAAUGGUGAAGAAUAUCUGGAGGUGAACAACGUCAAGACAAAGAUCCGAGUUGGGGAUUCCAGCGUUAAGAUCAACGCUAAAGACGACAGGAACGGGCGACUCUCCGAGUCUGCUCUGCAGUUCUACAACCAAAACAAGAAAGAGGUCCUGAAUAUCGUGUUGCCUAUCGUACAGGAGACGGCUGAGGAAGUAAUUACUCAGAUAGGAAACAACAUCUUGGGUUCCGCACCUCUCAGUGAGCUGCUCCCGGCCUAAGCUGCCAUCUGUGAUCGCUUCAAGUAACUACAAGAUCAUGCCUGACUAUUAUUAAUCUCCAGUCUACCAACAUCUACCGAAAUUAUCUGUAACAUUCCACCAAAGAUCAUGAAGAGUUUUGCCUUCUGGUACACAACGCCGUGUAGUCUGUUAAAAGGCAACCGACGUUUCGGAGCAACAUGUCGCAUCCAUCUUCAGAGUCGAAGAAUACCCCAAGCAAAAAAAAAACAGGGCUUGCUACCUGCUUCAUGGUUUCUUCCUUGGCUUAGUCAACCCUGGCGAUGGAGGCCAAAUAUUCCUCCGAAACGUCGGUUGUCUUUCAACGGACACACAGUGUUACGACCCAGGUGACUGAACUCUUCAUGACCACUGCUGUAAGAACCUCAAAUGCAAUAAUUGGAUAUUAAUUUUAUGAUUUGCGAGGCCUUUCUCUGAUCACGAGUCAGUGGAAUGGCGACUGUGGGCAGUGAACGGAAGCAAGGCACCAGUUGGGAAACUGGAUCUGACACAAAUUCAGUGAUAAUGGGGGAAAGUUUAAAUGGUGGCUCCACUGGCCGUGAAACUCAGACAACAAAAUCCUGCCUAAUGGGGUCAGACUGAAGUUAUUGACUCCUUUCGCCGUAUUUUCAUAAAUUCGUAGUUUUUACUUCACUACUGUUUUAAUUUAUCACUCACACACACACACAUAUACAUAUAUUGUGGCAUGUAGAGCCGCUGCUAGGCAAUGACCGCGAAAUUAGCAACUAUACAACAGUUGUUCCUAAGUAAUGGCCCUGAAAACAACGGCCGUUGCUGGGCAAUGGAUGAGUAGAGUUCUCUUGGCAUCCAAACAGGCACGAACGCAAUAAUCGCGCUGCAACAGAGGAACAGUGUUUUCUGUGCGGUCCGUGCCGAGAUGUUAUAAACAGCACAAGUUAGGAGCUGCAGAGCGAGAUGUUUGUUGGUUGGCGAGUUAGUGAGUUUGAGAACCGCUGGGGUUCAGUCGUAGAGAGCUGUUGCUACGAGUAGCUGAUAGCUGAGGCCGGAGACAGUUCGGGAACACUGAGGAAGGGGCACGUCCGUCGUUGAAAACCGCUACCAAGCAACGGCAGUGAAGACGUGACUGUGGACACUAGUGUCUGUGUAACAGUAACAGUCACAUGUUGUAUCAAAGGGUCCAAUAAAUUUGAUUAGACGGGGUAUGUGUUGCUAAUCGGAUUUACCUGACACUUACAGAACGUUA